CGUUUCGUUUGCGAUCGGUUGGUUUGUAGUUUUUACUGUCACUCGAAGAAAAAAAGAAGCGACUAUUUCGGCACGGUUGUUUUGUGAAUUUUAAACCCAAAAAGUGCAUUAAUUCCAACGGUUUCGUGUAGAUAAUCGUCGUACGAUUUGCAUCCGUCGCGUGCAAACUUUAUUCGGUAUCGGUUAACGCUUUCGGAAGCAACUAGCAACGGCACUUGGUAGAGGAAGAAAAAAAAAGUUCUUCCCCACAUUACUCCACUCGUACUCCAUUUCUGACAUCGUUCUUUUUUUUUGUUGGUUGGUUUGCUGGCGGUAAGUUUAUCGGAACAGUUCUCCAGAACAGAUUGGUGCUGGGAACGUGCACGUGCUGGAUCACCAUCGUCGUCGUCGUCAAUUGCGUGUAGUACCGGGCAUUCAUCGCAAUUGCUUUCCUCACUUCCGCUCGUACAGAUUUUCUACCUCCCAACGGUGCAUUCCGCAGUACGUCGCUCGUAGCCGUAGCCGGCCAUGAAUAGUGCCUCCGCCUCAUCGGGCCGUGGAAGCCGCGGAGGUGGUGGAGGUGGCGGUGGCAGCGGCGGUGGUGGAAAACGGCAGCAGCAAACCAUUUACAGUCCCGGGAGUGGUCCACUGCGAAAAUCGGAAAACUCCGGUAGUAAUCGGUCGCUGAAUUCGAUCGGCGAUGGACCGCCACCGGCGUCGUCGUCGUCCCGUGAUCGAGAUCGGGACCGUUCCGAUUGGGGCCAGAAUGAUGGUUGGCGAUCGGUCAAUAAGAAAAGUAGCAAAAAGCACGACUACUACGAUCAACGUCGUGGUGGAGGUGGUGACGGUCCAGGCUUCCGGCAGGCCUCCGAACCUCGCGUUUUGUCGACCAAUCCACCGAACGUGAACUAUAACAGACCGCAAGAUCGGCUGCGUAAUGAACGGGACACGCGCAGUGUGGAACCCAGCUACGGUGGUGGUGGCCGUGGAAAUCUCAAAAAACCUCCGUUGCCUCAGAAUAUUGAAUCACUUCCACCUCGAUUGCAGCGAAAGUUCCUUCUGGAUCACGGUUUACCACUGGACUACCUCGAGAACCUUCGCAACGAGCAGGCCAAUGCCCCUCCACCUCAAAGUUGGUCCCACACGUUACCAAUUUCACCUCGAUCACGCCCGGGAAUGCGUGGUGGCGGUGGCGGUGGCCGCAAUCGAUAUUCAGGAAACUAUCAGCAAGGUGGUCCCGGAGGUGGAUACCAACAGCAGGAUUACCACUCGCGAACCCCGGCUGACUACCAGCGACCGCGUAGCCGUUCCUCUGAUAUCGGUGCCGAGCAGGACGAAUUCGAUCGUCCACCGAGAACGGCCAGUCGGAAUUCCAGUUGCGAUCCGAACGAACGAUGGAACAACUAUACGACGCAGGGUCCGAGUGGUAGCGGAGCAGGGUUUCGCAAGGAAGGUGGCCGCAACCGGCAGUACUCCGAUGGUGGGGGAAGCUGUCGGUUGGAAGAGGAUGAAGGGCGAAAAGUUUGCGGGAAGUUGGACUGGGCUGACGAUGUUGAUCGGGAACUGGUGCCGGAAAAGUCGGCGAAUAGCAUUAGCACCACCAAUAGCAAUAGCAAUAGGAACCGAAGGCGACAUCGCAGAAAUGGAAAUAGGAAAAAAUUAAAAAUUUUGCCCAACUCCCGUUCGAGUGCCGAUUUCUACGAUGAUGGUGCUAGUUUCAAGGUACCCUAUCCACCGAAGGGUGGUGGCGGCGGCGGCGGAAGUAGCGGUCGUAGCCGCCGGAACUCCCAGUCGUCCAACAUGAGUCGCGAGAAUAGCAUGGAUCGAGCGGCAAUCGGCGACCGAGGGGGCCGAGGGCGCGGUGCCGGUGGAAGCGGGAAGUCAUACAGGGACAACAGCCAGGAUAGAUAUUAUGAGCGGGGCGAUCGGUACGCACAUCGGAAGGGCGGACUGGAUCGAUAUAGCAAUAGUAGAGAUAAUAGCACGGAACGGAUCGGGUCAUGGCAGCGAAAUGAUUCCACUAGCUGGCGAGGAUCGAAUGAGAUCGGUGUGGCGGACAAGACGGAUGUGAAAAUUGCGGAAAUGACGAAGCAAUUUGAGGAACAGAUCGGAAUUCAGAAAGGUCCCGGUGUGUUGGUGCUACCGCCGAAGAUACCACCCGUCGGGGGUGAAAGUGGCAUUCGGGAGAAUCGAACACCGAGAGACACCGACCUAAGCGGAAAUGCUCGAACGUUGUUCGAUCCGAACAAUCCGAACAAACCGAUUGUGGUGUCGCAGUCCCAAACUCGCAACUAUAAUCCGCCAGAAAAUUUAGAUGCUCUGGCGAACCCCGGCUCAGGAACGAACAACGAACGGAAACGAGCUUCCAGUGGCAAUCAGCUAACAAACCAACGUCCCAUUUGGUACGACACUAGCAACCCGAAGGCGCACCUGUUACGGAAUAAGGACAUGGUUCACCAACUGGAAGCUGCCGACAAUCGCCUUCAGGAACUUCUGCUCAGUGGUAAUCUCUUCCGCGAGUGGGACAUCUACGUACGAAUACGAACCGAUCUGCAGAAGUUGCUCGAAUCUUUCUUGCUGUCGGAGAUUCACUUCGCACAGGAUGUCAACCUGGAGAAUCACUUCUGGAAGUUGCUCUACUACAACAUCAUCGAACAGAUGCGCAAACUGCUGGUCGAAGAUCCGGACCCGCACAAUCGGACCUACUAUCGGGAGAAAGCUCUGGACAUCAUCGAAAACGGAACGCAGUUCUUCGAACAGAUGCUAACCCUGCUGGAGCGUCACUAUAAUUUUAGUUUGGAAAAAUUUACCGGUCCAAAUGCGGCCACUUACACCAAGGGUAGCAAGUUUGGGCUCGCCCUGGUGUCGGCACAGAAGCUGUUCCUUUUCCUCGGUGAUCUCGCGCGCUAUCGGGAAACUUGCUCCCAGAACGAGGCCACAAACUUCCGCAAGGCAAAACAGUGGUACGUCAAGGCACAGCAAAUUCGGCCUAGCAACGGACGCCCGUACAACCAGCUGGCGCUACUCUCGGUCUAUGCGAAACGCAAAAUCGAUGCCGUUUACUUCUACAUGCGCAGUCUGAUGUCGUCCAAUCCGUUCGAGUCGGCGCGUGAGAGUUUGAUGGAUUUGUUCAACGAGACCAAGAAGAAGUACGAGAGUAGCCAACGCAAGCGGGAGGAGAAGAACCGGGCCCGGCUGAAAGAGAAAGAGCACCGUUUCGAUGGUCACCUGCGGCGGGAAACGUGGAUUCAUCCGGAGGGUGGUCCCCGGGUUCAUCGGACGGCACCGCUGGAUCCGAUGCUGGCUGGGCGCACUGCCGGCGAUAGUAGCGAGGAAGAGGAGGAAGAACUGCGGCAGCUGGAUUCGAUCGAACUGAACAAACGCUUCAUCGUCAGCUUCAUGCACGUGUUGGGGAAGUUGAUCACCAAGACCGGAAUGGAAUCGUUCACUCCGUGCGCCAUUCAGAUGCUGCGGGAGUUCCGGGCACUGAUUCAGCACUCGCCGAUUGCGGUCACCUCGCACCGGUUGCUGCAGCUGAUGUCGCUGAAUAUGUUUGCCAUCGAAAUCACUAAGCUGAAAGACGCAUCCAUAGCUCCCGGUGCCCGUUCCGAAGUGCAGGAAUGUGCCCUCUCGAUCGGGCUGCUCAUGUUCGGGAUCAUCCUGGAACGGUUCAUACAUGUGAUACAGGGUGCUUCGAUGAUUGCCUCGUCCACGGUCACGGUCACGGUGAGUACCAGCUGCAACAGUGGCAAUAAUAAUAACAACAAUGACACGAAUGAGUCACUGCUGCAGACGGCGAUCACCGAAAACGUCAAGGAACCGAGUCCUGCCGGCGGAAAGAAAUCAACACCUCAGAAGAGCAAGGCGGCCAAGGAUGGCAGGACAAACGACGGAACCGUCAGUGUACCGGUGGAUUCGGACGCCAAAGGGAACAAUAACAACAACAACAAUAGCAAGGCUGAGCCUAGUCCGGCUAAACCCCGGCAGAAGUUAGUCCUGCCGGAGGAUGCCAAGGCGAUACUUCCUGCGAUUAAGGUGUGGUGCGACUGGAUGCUUUAUCACACCGGCACGUGGAACCCGCCGCCGUUCUGUACCGACUACAAAAUAGGUGCUUCCACCGGACACGAUCCCUGGUCCGGUCUGUCCAGUCUGAUGACGCUGCUAGCCCGAUUGGACACCAACAAGGAGAUUCUGGUGGUACUUUCGAAAGAAGACAAUCAAUCAGACUUCGAGGUCGUUCGCCUGCAGGAGGACAUCACGCUGGCAGGGUUCUCCCCCCUGAUAAACGACGUGCCGGAACCGAUCUUUACCCGGCGCGAACGGGACAUGGAAGAGGCGCAGAAUGCCCUACGGGUGCAGAAGCUAAUCUUCUUCGGGACCGGGUGCCUCUGCAAGUGCGAACCACCGGUGCUCAGGAAGGUGACCACGCCGGACGGUGCCGAGGAGUUUAUCAGCAUCGUACAAAACCGAACCGAAGGGUCAAGCGACUCCGAGAUCCUUUUGGAAAGUUUCAGCGAAGAUGAGAGCGAAAGCCAACAGCAGCCGUCGUCGCAAAGUAAAGAUCAGGAGAAAUCGAAGAGCAAUUGUGAUCAGCCGAAGAAAAAAGACCAAGACCACUCCGUCGCCGAUGAAAGCAAGAAGAACAACAAUACCUCGUCCUCCUCCUCAUCAUCAUCAGCUUCCAAGGGAAGCAAACGGCGCAGUGGGACUGCCAGUAGCAAAAAUAACAAAAACAAAAAUAACAACAAUAACACUAACAAUAAUAAUAACAACAACAACAAUAAUAAUAACAAUAACAGUAGCAACACCGGUGACAAUGUUCCAUCGGAAACAGCCAAAAGUAGCCUGGAAAUUCGGAAGCUCCUGCGCCGAAAAGACGAACUGGAACGCAAACAGAAGAUGCAGGAAAAGUACAACCAACGGUUACAGGACAUCCUAUCGCAGAGUACGAUCGCACUGAACAUCGAAGUUCGACCGCGAUUCCUGGUGCCCGAUACCAACUGCUUCGUGGAUUACCUGCGAGACAUCGAAAGCAUCUCGGAGGCACAUCCGCUCUAUCAGGUGAUGGUUCCUACUGUCGUAAUCAACGAAUUGGAAGGUCUUUCCAAGGGUAUCAAACUGUUGGCCGCCAGCAGCCCGACCGGAAUCAUCGCUUCCAAGCUGACCUCCAGUGUGGCGGUGCUACCGGGCAAAACCGCGGGCCCCGGAAGUCCAUUAUCGGUCGAUCGCCGUUUCGAUCCGAAGCAUGCCGAAAAGGUAGCCGACGCCUCGAAGCAGGCACUACAAUUUAUUAGGAAGAAAAAUCCCGCCUUGAAAUGCGUUUCCAGCAAGGGCACGAUACUCAACACUUUCACGUUCACCGCCGAGGAUGACGUCGGCGAGCAGAAGUCUAACGACGAUCGUAUUCUGGAAACUGCCUUAAAACUAUGCCGCAACCACGUGGAGGAAAAGCGAGGGGAAAUCCGCUACAUCAUACGUGAAGUCGUUCUGCUGACGACCGACCGCAAUCUGCGGGUGAAAGCCCUUUCCAACGAUCUGCCCGUCCGGGAGCUGCCAGACUUCAUCAAAUGGGCCGGUCUGGGGCCGGCAGUGUAGAGCCUUCUCUUUCUCCGCCUCCUCCUCCGCCUCCCGCGCUCAUCGUUAGUUAUUAUUAUUAUUAUUACAUUCGGUUUUUCGAUAGAGUUAUUCAAUUAUACACACCCACACUCCCACACAUACAUACAUGCAUGCGUACGCGUGUGCUCACUUAUACAGACACACACACACUCAAACACAUAUAGUAGUGACGAUUUUACUUCCGACUGCGAGGACCCGUGUUCUACUGGAAAACUUUUUUACCCGGUUUUUUUUUAAACUAAUUGUUUCUACUCUACUUAUUGUCCUUUUAUGAUUAUUUUACUCUCAGCUAGAAAGUAUAACUUAUUAAUUGCAGAAAAUUAUUAGCUCCGACUAAAAAAAAUUGUUCGUUAUUGACUCUGCUAGUAGAAGGAAGUUAAAAAUAACAGAAGCAAAGUGAGUUUUUUGACUGUUGUAGUUGUAAAUAUAUUGAAUUUAGAUACGGUUUUUUUUCUGUUUGUGCCGUGCCACGACUGCGGGCACGAAUGAUAUAUAUAUAUAUUAUGCGAUUGUGAAGCGCAAAAGUGCCGAGUGUUCCUCACUCCUCAACCGGAUCCUUUCCCCAUCCCCUCAAAAUAAGAAAAAAAAACCCUUCCACGUAGAUUUACAAACCCCCCCCCCCUUGAUCGAUCGCAAGGACAUGUUAGAGAUGCGUGACGAUGACCACGGAAAAUAAUCAUUUUCUAAACUAAUACUAUUAUCGAUUGUUAGCAAACCCAGUUUUGGAGUAAACGAAAGAAAGAUAGAAAAGGGAAAGCAAAAGCAGGAUAGCAGGCGUAACGCGAAAAAGGUUUAUGACGUGUAGUAAGAGUAGUAAAAAGUGGACGCAUCGAAAACAAAAAAUGUUGAAACGACGAGACAACAGUUUACACUCACUAGCACGUAGCUCGAGCGAGAAGACAGGUUUUUGGAUGAUUAGGAAAAUAGAAAAGAAAAUAUUAAAACAUAAUAUUUUUCACAAAAAAUAAA